AUGUCGACGCCAGCUACAGGUCUGUCUACAGGCGACACUACGCACACAGCAACGGCCAGCGCCACGUCACAGACGCCUCUGGAGGUGUUGCAACAAAUCGACUUCAUGCCUCACGUCCAGGCGCUGGUCUCCAAGAUUGUGAACGGCCAGAUCUCCGUCAAGGACGCCGACAACGAGAGUGGAGCCGUCAAGGUGCGUAUUGCCAAGGCCAAGGCUGCUCUGGCCGAGAUGGACGGGCUGGACGAAACCAUCCAUUCGCGCCAGGCCAAAAUCGUGUCUCUGGACCAGCAGAUUCAGAAGAAGCUGGAGCUGCUUAAGUCGUUCAAGCAGAUGGCUGAGGCAGAGGGCUUUGAUUUGUCUGAACAAGAGCCUACCGAGGCCAAGAAGGAGGAUUCAGCGACUACGACAGCUACAACCACUGCUGAGGCUCCUCUAGCAAGCUCCAAGACCGAGGUACCCGAAAACGCCAUUGAAGAGGAUGUUGAAAUGAGCUGA